GUGAUCAUAAUAAAUGAUCAGAGUCAUUCUGGGAGAGUCAAGGAUAGACAAAACAAUUGCUGGCAUAGGCCAGAAAUAGCGCGCGCCUUUUACAGCUGUUUAAGCGGUGCCUUUGUGAGACAGCGACAUGUGAAAUUUACCUCUGUAAAGAAACCGAAAAUGCGCACAGCCAGUGAAUCUACAACGGUGGAGUUAUGCGCGCAGUAAGCGUGGGAACGCCGUGUGCAAGAUUUUCUCACUUUCGACUUUAUCUCCGCUCGGAGAAGUCCUUUUUCGAGAAGGCUCUACAAUUGAGUAUACAGAUAAGUCUAAAUAACGAGAGGAAAUCCCAGUAUAUCGAAAGAUGGGAAAGCGGAAAUCAAGCCAGAGCCGGGUGGCCCGCCAACCAAAGAUUGCUAGGCCUAGACAGUCUACAAGAUUAAGGCAGUCUAGCAACGACACCACUCAAGACGUACUCGGCACCUCAACUCCCCGGCGGGCGGGGCGGCCAAAACGGGCGAGGCACUCGAGCGGUAACCCCAACAGUGGACGCUCAGCCACUACCAGCAUAAACCCGGCUCCGGAGACUGACGGACCACAAUACAGUGGAAACGAGACAACUGGAGCGAACCAGUCAUCAAGCCAGCCGCCUUCACAUGCACAGCCAAUGCAAGAGACAACCGGCGACAGGAUCUGGAUCGUAGGCGACAGCUUGGUCAGACGUGCCAAGCAGAGGGCGAACAAUCAUGCUCAACCACCAAGAUUUGGGAAGAGCAAGAGGGACGGUCCAAUGGCACGGUCAGGGAGGAGCGACGUUACAAGACCUUCCGCGCCUGGUGGAGAAUAG